GGCGGUCGGGCAUCGCCGGCCGAACGCGAACGAUCAGUGAUGGCCGCGGGGCUGCCGAGGCGCGGGUCGUAUCGACGUCUGACCGGCUCGUUUAUUUAUCGCUCUCUCUCUCUCCCUCCCUCCCUCUCUCUCUGUCUCGUACUACGCGAUACGUUCUCGCUUCUGCGUUCGUCGAGAGAGCGUUCGUAGGAGAAAGAAAAACGGCUUCGUUUCGAUUCGACUCGAAACGUGUUAGCUCUUCUAAAAGGUUUUCGUCGAACGCCAUUCGCACUUUCUGAUUUUUCAUUCUCGAUCGACUGCUUUUAGUACCGAACAUUUUCAAUGGUUGUUGUUGCCUUGUGAUUUCCGUGCCACCGCCACGAUACGCCAAGUUCGUGCGUGUCGCGUUCAACGAAGCAAGAUAGAUGUAGGAAGAGGAAGAGGCAGCGUGGGCACGGUGUUUUCAAGAUUCGCAAAGCUUUCCUCCAAGAAAUAUCCAGGAAAAUGGCGGAAGAGGUCGCAGGAGGUUCUAGCAAUAGCAGCAGCGGCGAAGCCAGCAGAUUGCAGCUUCUGCAAGAGAUGCGCCAACAAAACUUUGACAGCAUACGAUUCGCUUCUUAUCGUACAGCUUGCAAGCUUAGAUUUAUUCAGAAGAAAGUUCACUUGCACAACGUAGACAUAUGGAAUGUGAUCGAAGCGUUUCGAGAAAAUGGCCUAAAUACUCUGGAGCCGUCUAGUACGUUGGGAGUAUCUAGGCUAGAAACUCUCCUGUCUUCCUUGUUUCAUGCGCUUAACAAGAGGGUGCCGGUGUCUCAACAAGCCAAAGUCGACGCUACCACGGCGCUGUUGAUGAAUUGGCUCUUGGCGGCGUAUACCAGUGGGGAAAAUAAUAAGAUAUCCGUAUUUUCGGUGAAGGUGGCAUUGGCCACGUUGUGCGCUGGGAAGCUCAUGGACAAGUUUCGAUAUAUAUACUCGCAAAUAUCCGACGGUAACGGACACAUGAUACACUGGAGGUUCGCCGACUACUUGAAAGAGGUUUUAUCGUUAACGGCAGCGGUCUACGAGUCACCGUCCUUUGGAUAUUCGGAGGGCCUCGCCAACACCAUUUUUCCCCCUAAUUCCAAAGUGACGGUCAAUGAUUUUCUGGAUACGCUCAUGUCCGAUCCCGGGCCGCACUGUUUGAUUUGGCUCCCGUUGUAUCACAGAAUGGCGGCCGUUGAAACGGUGGCUCAUCCCAUCAUGUGCGACGCCUGUCACAAGGAGAAUUUUACCGGUUUCCGAUACAGAUGUCAAAAGUGUCAUUCUUAUCAACUAUGUCAGGAUUGCUUUUGGCGUGGUAAAGUUUCCGGGACUCAUAACAACGAUCACGAAACCAGAGAGUACAGUAGUUUUAAAUCGCCGAGCAAACAAAUCGGUCAUUCCUUGCGCAAGAGCUUCAGAUGCGUUCCCGAAAAGGGGAAAAACAACAUACCUAGAUUUCCGGAGCAGCCAGAGAAAACGUUGGACUUGUCGCACAUAGUCCCACCGUCGCCUUUACCAUCUCACAACGGUUUUCCAGAUCCAAGUUUCAUGGCUCCCUUCGAUUCCGGAUCCAUGGAUAGCCGAUCUACCUUGAGAAGUAUGGAUAGUUCAAGACUGGACGACGAACAUAAAUUAAUAGCACGAUAUGCACAAAGGUUGGCACAAGAAGCUAGGACCAUGCCACGUACUACGUCCAGAAUGUCGCAAGCUGACCAAGCGGGUAGAACACCGUCGGACGCCAAUUUGGCAUCGUUGGACGCAUCGAGAGCGCAACGUGAACUUAUAUCGCAGUUAGAAGCGAAGAAUAAAGAAAUAAUGCGAGAAAUUGCAAGGUUAAGGAGACAACAAGAGAUAGAGGCGGCAGGAUUGGAGAAUCCUGCUCUCAUGUCGGAGUUGAGAGCAUUGAGACAGAGAAAGGAUGAAUUGGAGACUCAUUUGGCGACUUUGCAAGAUUCCAGGAGGCAAUUGAUGGUUCAAUUAGAAGGUCUUAUGAAAAUGUUAAAGAAUCAUCAGGCAUCUCCUAGAUCAACCCCAAACAGUUCGCCAAGGAGCACGAAAUCUCCUCCGUUACCUCCUGGUACAGUGACAAGUAGUAGAUCGGCACCAGCCACUCCAGGUGGAACGUUGUCAACGACUCCUCAACAGCAACAACCGCAACAGCAACAACAACAGCAGCAGCAGCAGCAACAACAACAACAACAACAACAGCAGCAGCAACAACAACAGCAGCAGCAACAACAACAACAGCAACAACAACAGCAGCAAAGCCAACAAAGUCAAAUGUCGCAAAGCUACCAGAGUUCCGUACCAACGACAUCGGUACCGAACAUGUCGGGCAGUGCUAUACUUGGAACAAUACAGAAUCCUAUUCCAGAUAGUCUUUCGUGUGUCGGAGGCGACGUAAGGUCUGCGUUCAGGACAAACAGCCUGCCAGGAAGCGGUUCCAGCAGUGCGAAUAAUAGUUUGGGCCGAUCCUUACGGAACGAUCUGUUGGUAGCCGCCGACAGUGUUACUAAUGCCAUGUCAACGUUGGUCAGGGAAUUAAAUUCAGACGUGUUGUGGAAUGUGUGUGAUGCACCCCCUGUGAAUGUGUCCUGGUGGCUUGCAGACUCAGACCAGGAGGACCAUUCUCACAACUCGGGACGUUUUCUGAGAAAACCGCUGGAUUUCGAGGCAGGUGAAGACGGCGACGACAGCAGCGGCGGUGGUAAUUCUUGGCGCGAAGAACUUCAACGUCGUUAUCAACAGGAGAACGAUUUUCUGGCCGAAUUGAGAGCGAGGAACGUCAAUAUGUCGCAAACCGAACGCACUUCGGCCGCUUCGUCGAACGAACAGGAACAGGAUAGGGGCGACAGAGAGGAGGCGGAAGGUGGAAAGGAGGAUGAAAAUGAGACGGAUUGGUCGGAGGCUGUGAAAAGAUGGGUAAACCGAUAAAUUAGAAAAUUACGAAUACGAUCGCGAGAGUGAGGGAGAGAGAAAAGUCAGAUUUUACGUUGUAUCGAGAUUUAGGUAAGAUCGAACGAAAGAUCUCGGCUCCGCAGUUGUACGAGGACAAUUUCGAUUACGAAAUGCCUCUCGAGAAAGGAGUAAUUCUCGAUCGUAGAGUCUGAUGUCGAUCGAUCCGCGGUAGGUUCUUCGUACGACGUUGUCUUUCCUUGUUUUCCCGUUUUCCCACUCUUUCCAUUAAAUUCGACGAAAUCUAUAUAGGAAGAUUAAUCGUCGCGACGGUCGAACGAGCGAGAUCGCACAAAGUCGCGGACGCGUAAUUAUUCUGCCGAGAACUUCGAAGCUCCCUUGACUCGCGUUUUUUCCAAGCAAGGUUGCGUUUGCGUCUACGUAAGAGUACGCGCGGAAAGUCCAUGUAUCGUCGAAGAUGAUACGUAUCCGUCGCCUUGACGCGAAGAAAGGAGAAGCGGACGAAGAGGAAGAAUAAUGUAAUAGGUGAAAUCUUUUAUAAAAUCCGUAAAAGCGACAGCAACGAGAAGCGAUCGAGACUUGCGAUGUCUAGGGGAGUGUGUAAUUUUUUUAUACCUUCGUACCGGUUCCAAUUUCACGAUAUACAUACAUAGAAAUUGAAAAACUCGAACUCGUCGAAUACACGUUAAAAGCUUCGCUAUGAUAUUUCAAGAUAUAUUCAAGAUAGAUAACGUAAACAUAGAGAAAGGUCAAAAUUCACAUACCCUGUACCAUUACGAUUCGUUCGCUUCUUUAUCGAGGACGAAUGUGACGCCUCGGAGCUGUGCGACUCGUAAAUUAUUCGCCAAAGAGCGGAGAAUCUUUUGCGAACGUAUCGGAUUCGGGUCGUUAGUUCCUACGAAGCGAGAACUAACGAUUGGGGAGAUUAUUCUCCCGUUUCGGGCAGGGCAUUCUCAGAAUCCGCUCGAGCGUUCUUUCGUUUUCUUUUCUUUUCUUUUUUCUUUUUUUUUUUUUCUCUUCGCGUUUCGCGCUCGUACACGCUCGCAAAGACCUAAUUUAUGAUCCAACGGCUCUGAGGUAUGAUACCAAAUCGUUAGGAUUACGUGUCGUAUGUACAUAGAGGAAAGUUUUUUACCGAGGUAUUCGCAAAGUAUUCGAUUAAUUUUUAUCGUUGGACGGAUCGAAUUGUAAGCGUGUUUCGGCGUUUGCCGAUUAAAAGCUUGGACGGCCAAAGCGGAAACACGCGCGACAGAUCGUUAAAAGGGAAGCUUUUCUCUUUGCGUUUACUUCUACCUUACUUCGAACUAACGCGGCUGGCUUGCGUCUACUUUGCGUGCAGCAGUCGAACUCGCAACGUUUCCUGUCCGUCGAGAUCCAGCUAGACGAUCCAAAGGGAACGACGUCUUUCUGAGAAGUUUGACCAACGAGUAGAAAGUCUGCGCGCUGCACAUUUCGUCGACGUCGUAGACAGAGUACAGGUGCGCAUACAUAUACGUACGUAUUCGUCGGCACGUUAAAUUUCUAUGUUAUUACAAUAAUUUACCGAUUGCUAAAUUAUAUCGCUGAUGCGCGUAUGCACGUACGCACGCGUCGCGUGCUCCGUUGCAAUGCGUACACCCAAUAUGUAUAACGCGUGUGUAUACGUGCAAAGAUACGAUUCGUGCAAACUCGUGUAUAUGCGUGUGCGCGUCAUUUCCUAUACAAGCGUUCGUCUAUACGAAUAUGUACGGAGAAAAGAGCGAGCGGCGGGAGGGAGGGAGAGAAACCAUGUAGCGACUGCAUAAUUCUAUCGAAUAAAAAAUGAAGCGAUAGCCGAUAGUCGGAAUAAGAUCGAUGUUUCACAGCCCACUGCGUUAUUUGGCAUCGAAGCCGCUACACGACGAAGAUGAUACGCCUGAAAGAAGAAAACGUUUUGGCGAAAGGUAAAGAAACCUUUUUCUAAUUCCUUUGCUCGUAGCGCUUCGUCGAUCGGACAUAUCCGUUCGGUCGAUCGAUCAUCCUUCAUCGUCCAUUCCAGUUCGCUCCAAGGAGAUAAAGAAACGCCAAGAGUUGUAUUUUUUUCGAGAAAACUUGGCGCUCCACGACGUCUGCUCGUGGACGAAAUUAAACGUGUGCAAGUUGGUCGUAAUCGGUCAGCAGCCAGACGUUAUAUCUUUGAACGUUCUCUCGAAACUCGUGUAUUUGCAAGAAUUAUGGCUGAUCGAGUGCAAGCUGAAGGUGCGUUACGCUUUCCUAUUCUCCCUUUUCCCCUUCCUCCUUAUAUCGCGCAGGAUAGAGCGACACCUUUCGUUUCUUCUUUCCUUCUCGUUUCCUUUCUCAGGACAUAUCCUCUUUGAAAGAAUGCACGAAACUGGAAAAGCUUUACGUUUAUUCCAACGAAAUCGAACAAAUUCCAAAUCUGUCGAGGAUCCCACGAUUGGCCGUUCUCUCUUUGUCGGGAAACAACAUCGAUCGUUUAACGGUAUCAAGAGAUAUUUUCCAUUUUUGUUUGCCGUCGAUCGAUAUUAAAUCGCGUUUCCUAUCGAAACGAUCCUGAUCCAAUUUGCAACGUUCACGUCCGCGCGAACUCGACGACAGAAUAUCGGAAAGUUGGAGUACUUGAGAGAACUCAAUUUGGCCGAUAACAAGUUGAAAAGGUUGCCGAACGUAUUCACGAAAAAUUGCAACUUGAAGUACGUCAACCUGGCGGGUAAUCGGCUGUAUCGUAUAAAGGUAACGUUACCCCUCGCAGAGGGACAGGCGCAUACUCUCGUCCCUCUCGCGAGCUUGAUAUUGUUUCAGGACGUAAAGAGUUUGCGGCCGUUGGAGAAGUUGGAGUCGGUAGUUUUUAGCGAUCCGCUUUACGGCGACUGUCCGAUCGUACGACUUUGCAAUUAUCGCUCUUACGUGGUGUAUUGGCUUAACCGAAUCAACAGGCUCGAUCACUAUCCGAUACACGACGCGGAGAGGCAUUGGAUCGACUCCUUUUUCAAGUAUGCUCGCCCCCGUUCGCUGCUCGCCUUUAUCAUUUUCCUAAUAAUAUAUUUUCCUAACUGAUCCGAGACACCAAGCUGAAAA